CGCUCGCUCUCCCGCUCACUCGACUGUCGCUCUCUUUUGGGGGUUUAGGAUUAGGGUUCCGGCGUUUCCCCCAAAUUCAUUCGGGGGAGCCAUGGCCGAUGAGGAUUACUUCACCUCCAUCCCCGAGGUAUAUCUCAGCCCCGCCGACGUUCGCCUGAUCAUCGACUCCUUCCCCAUCAACCAGCUCCGUGGCCUCAUCGCCACUGCCUUCUGCCGCGGCGACCAAGACAUCGUCUCUAAUGUCCGCGCCAUCGCCGACCGCGACCUGACGAUGCGGACGAUCUACAUUACCAGCCUAUCGACGGAGACCGCCACCGACGACCUCUUCUACCUGUUCUCCCCCUACGGCGAGGUCGAGCACGCACAUGUCGACUUCGACGGCGACACUGGUAAUACAAUGUGCACCGGAUUCGUCACCUUCCAACACGCCGACGGCGCCGUUCUCGCCCUCAAGGAGCCUUCCAAGAAGAUCCAUGGACGGAUGACUUUCGCUCGUCGUUUCUUCGAUGGCAGAGGCCUCACCUCCUCUUGCUCGAUCCGCAUGGUGUUUGUGGGUAAUGUUCCCCCCGACAUGCGAUGGGAUCGUCUCCUCGCCCAUUUCUCCUCUUUUGGUGAGAUCGAAGAGGGCCCCUUAGGGAUGGAUCCGCAGACGGGAAAGUUCAUGGGGUUCGCCAUCUUUAUCUUCAAGAACGUGGAUGGGGCGCGGAACUCGCUCUUGGAACCUAUCAAGAACAUCGAUGGCCAUGUUCUGCGGUGCACUUCAGUCUAUAGUAGCGGCUGGAAACCAGGUGCUCCCUUGGGUGGCGUCCCUCAACCGGACCACCGCCUUGCCGGUCGUAUUGGAUCACCUGCUGCUGCCGGACCGACCCACCUUCCCAACCUGAGCUUUUCAUUUCCACAGCCGCUUGGUGGUGUUGUAGCUUACGAACAAGGUAUUGGUCCUGGCUUAGAUGGGCUCGUAGGUUAUCCAUUGAUCUCUCAUCUCAGAGGGGCUCCUUACACUGUGAUGUAUUACCCUCCAGCCGAUUCCAAUCCUGGACAGAGGGUUCCUGGUGGAGAGACGGAUCAGAACAUGCCAUCAAACACCUAAGGAACUUUCAACUGUUGAGAGAUUGUUGCUGUGGCAUCAACAACACUGCUUCAAUUCUGAAGUAAUCCCUAUGCUCUUUGUUCGUUUGUUCUCCGUGUGUAUUUUCUAACUACAGUAA